UAAAGCAAGCAAACUAAGUGUCAACUCUUUUUAUUCUCUUCUUUUGUUUAAGAUGCUCUCUCCUCCCUCCCAUUCUUUAAUAUCUCCCACAAGUCAACACACAAUCUCACAUAUCAAAUUUUAUUAUUAUUAAAAUGUUUUUCUAACAUUCAUUAUUUGAGUCGUUCUAUAUACUUGGUCAACUCCUACACUGUUCCAUUGCAUGUUUUCUCAAUAAAAUGGUGGUUACUGUGAUCACAAUCCCUCUCAAAGGCCCCUCCUUUGGUCAAUAUGAGGUGGGCACCAACAAUGGCUCCUCUCCUCCUCGUCCUCAUCCUCUUCCUCCUACCCAGUUGCCAUUCUUUGCCCCUGUGCACGGAUUCAAAGUACCCUGUGGCGACGAAGGCGCCGCUGGCGUUCUGCGGCUACGCCAACGGGAGCAGCAGCUGCUGCAAUGCGACCGACGACGGUGCGAUCGCGAGCCGGUUCAAGAGCUCGAACAUCUCUGACUCCGCUUGCGCCAAUGUGGUCAAGUCAAUCCUCUGCGCGAAAUGUGAUCCAUAUUCAGGCGACUUAUUCAAUGUCCAACCUAAGCUUCAAACAGUUCCUCUCUUGUGCAACUCAACCAUUUCAUCAAACUCCGGCAAUUCCUCAGAUUUCUGUAUGACUGUUUGGGACACUUGCAAGGAUGUACCCAUAACAAACUCUCCUUUCUCCCAAGGAACUGCUGGAUCUUCGUCUAAACUUACCGAUACUUAUAAAUCAGAGUCUGACUUUUGUGCAGCAUUCGGAGGCUCAUCUAAUGAUCAGUUAGUAUGCUUCGAUGGCACAUCGGCUUCAUUCAACUUGACCCAAAGCUCUCCCCCUCCAAAAGGUUUGUGUCUUGAAAGGAUUGAUAAUGGCAUGUAUCUCAACAUGGUUCCUCACCCCGACGGAUCAAAUCGUGUAUUUAUAAGCAACCAAGCAGGUAAGAUAUGGCUGGCUACUGUUCCGGAACAAGGAUCGGGAGGAAAAUUGCAAUACGAUCAGGCGAAUCCCUUUCUUGAUUUGACUGAUGUUGUUCAUUUUGAAAAUGAGUUUGGGCUGCUCGGUCUCGCAUUUCAUCCCAAAUUUGCAGCCAACGGUCGUUUCUUUGUUUCAUAUAGUUGCGACAAAUCUCAGUCAUCCAGAUGUUCCGGAAGAUGUUCAUGUAAUUCUGAUAUUAACUGUGAUCCUUCAAAGCUCGGCAUGGAUAAUGGUGCUCAGCCAUGCCAGUACAAUAGUGUCAUUGCAGAAUAUACUGCUAAUAGUUCCUCAUCGACACCUUCCACGACAAAAACAGCCAAUCCGAUUGAAGUCAGAAGGAUAUUUACAAUGGGGCUCCCGUAUACAACUCAUCAUGGAGGGCAAAUACUUUUCGGGCCUGCAGAUGGAUAUCUGUAUUUCAUGAUGGGAGAUGGUGGCAAUGUAGGAGAUCCUUUCAACUUUGCUCAAAAUAAAAGAUCAGUUCUUGGAAAAAUUCUGCGGCUCGACAUUGAUAGCAUGCCAAGUUCCAACAUGAUAAAUAACCUUAGUUUAUGGGGGAAUUAUUCCAUUCCAAAAGAUAAUCCAUAUGCUGAUGAUAGUGGAUUCCUACCUGAGGUUUGGGCCUUUGGUUUGAGAAAUCCGUGGCGGUGCAGCUUUGAUUCACAAAGGCCGUCGUAUUUCUUCUGUGGAGAUGUCGCCCAGGAAAAUUAUGAAGAAGUAGAUCUAAUAACAAAGGCCGGAAACUAUGGAUGGCGUGUUUAUGAAGGUUUUGAUCUUUACAUCCCACCAUGGACUCCAGGGGGGAAUACAUCACUUAGCUCCAUAAAUCCUAUCUUCCCUGUCAUGGGCUAUUUGCACUCUUCUGCAACAAAUGUCGGAGCUGCAUCUAUUACCGGUGGUUAUGUGUAUCGGUCAAUGACUGAUCCAUGCAUGUUUGGAAGGUACAUAUAUGCCGAUCUCUAUGCAACGGUAAUGUGGGCAGGUACCGAGAACCCUGAAGCAAGCGGAAAUUACACUAGCACAUUAAUUCCCUUCAGUUGCUCCAAGAGCUCUCCUAUUGCCUGCGAUUCUGUAGCCGGGAGCACCCUCCCCUCACUAGGCUAUAUAGUCUCAUUCGCGGAGGAUAACAAGAAGGAUAUUUUUCUCUUGACAAUUAAAGGUGUCUAUAGAGUUGUUCGGCCGAGCCUCUGCAACUACACUUGCCCAAAGGAGAGCAUAGCGAAUGCCCCAGCGUCGCCCCCAGGUGGGCCUUCCUCGUCAGCGUCCAAGAUGGAAAGCUUUUCACGAAAACUUUCGGCUUUUGUGUUGGCUCUAUUUGUAAUUUUGGCGAGCUUUCUCUUUUAAGUGAUCUUUGGAAACAGCUCUGCUGCUAGGAAUUGCGACUGAUGGAAUGGUUUUGACCGUUUUGGGCAUUUGCUGUCUGUUUAUCUUGCGUAUCAUUGAACUUGAAAAAAUUGGAAUUGAAGGUUUUGUCAUUGUUGAGCUGUUGUUUUUGCUCUUGCAGUUUCUUUGUAUCUCGGCUUUCGAGAUCAUGUACAAUUUCAUAUAACUUCAGAUGUUGUUGCUCUUCUUUCAGUUCACAAAUUUUUCUUGA